AUGCACCAGACUAUUAUAUGCACGGGAAGCACCUUUUCAUAUCAGCCGCGCCGAUUCUCCGACAAAAUAUCAGAAAAAGGCAGAGGCGAUGAACUAAACUAUUUCCUUAAGCUUGCCAGGGAGCAAUUUAUGAAGAUUAAAAAGAACAGGAUGAAAGAAAUUGCCAGUGACAUCGAGAAAUUGGAAGAUGAUAUCAAAGCCAUUGAAAAGCAAACCAGUCGCCGAUCGCAAAAAAAUAGAGAGCUUAUUUUAAAGGAAAUAGAGGAUCUAAAGGCCAUGUUACAGAGAUUCAAAAAGAGCUUAUAAAACAUCCCAGAAA